AUGUUUAAACGUGCAUUCGGCCUGCUCGCUUUGGGCGCCCAGCUCGUUCAGGCUCAAGUGAACGUUGCUGCUGCAGCGCUCGUGCCAGCCUACAUUUGGCCCGAGACGGAGACGACAUGGCAACCUCUCUAUGACCAGAUUGAAGGCCAUCCCAGUGUUCAGUUCACCAUCAUCGUCAAUCCUGACAGUGGCCCCGGUGCCAACUCGCUGCCCGAUGCCGCUUACCAGCGUGAGAUUCUCAAGCUCCAUGAUUACGACAACGUUCGCCUUGUCGGUUAUGUUGCCGUGAACUGGACGAACAAGGCCCAGUCCACUGUUGAGGCCGAGGUCGCCAAAUACGCAGGCUGGCCUUCCGCCUCGGGCAACGCCGCCCUCUCCGUCGAUGGCAUCUUCUUCGAUGAAGCCCCCACCGACAAUGACGCGGCCAAAAUCACCUUCAUGCAAUCCGUCACGACCUACACACGCUCCUUCGCCAAUGCGGGCCUGAGCGCCUCCCCUUACGUCGUCACCAACCCAGGCUACCCCCCGGCGCGCGCCUACCUCUACAACGCCAACGACGACUCGCUCGUGCCGGACCUGUCGCUCGUGUACGAGGAGGCGUACAGCACGUGGACGACUGACCAAGACACGGUCAAGGAUCUGAUCUGGGGGCUGGAUGUGGACAACGGCUCGCUGGCGGUGAUGCUGCACGACGUGCCGGCGACGAUCGCGUGCGCGGAUUUGUCGGCGCUGGUGGAUGAUUUCAAGGGCAAUGUCGGCGUCAACACGCUGUGGUUCACGAAUGACUCGGAUUAUCAGGUCUGGCCUGAUGCGACGCUGUGGAACGAGUAUCUGAAUGCAUUUGCGAGCGGAGGAAGUGCUUGUUAG